AUGGUCGAUAGUGGUGUCCCCCAGGGUUCAGUUCUGGGACCCAUUUUGUUCCUUAUCUACGUGGACGAUGCCGCAAGAGAUUCAGACUGCGAAGUGGCAAUGUUUGCGGAUGACAUGAAGAUAUGGAGUGUAAUUCGGGGUUCUGCCGAUGAAGACAGACUGCAGAUUAACCUGAAUCGGUUGGAGGAGUGGUCAAACCGUUGGCUCCUGCGGUUCAACGUUGCCAAAUGUAGCAUACUUCAUCUAGGCAAGACAGCCAGAUCGGCCAGCACAAGAGACUACUUUCUGGGCGGUGCAGCCUUAAAAGAGGUCGAAGCCCAGAAGAACCUCGGUGUGCUAACGACGAGCUCCCUAAAACCAUCCACCCACUGUUCGAGGGUGGCAAAAAGCGCAAUGUCCGUACUGUACGCCAUCAAGCGUGCGUUUAUGGACUUUGACGAAGAAGCUUUCACUAAGACAUUCGGAACAUUCGUCCGAAGUUGGUUAGGGGUCAAAGCUCCUUUCCUUAUGCAACCCGCCUAGUAAAUCUGAACCUUCUUCCUAUGAGUUACGGGCAACUUCGCGGGGAUCUCUUGCAAGCUUUCCGCAUUAUAAAGGGGUUGGAUUGCAGUCUUGCUUUCGAGGAAAUUUUUGAAUUUGCUACCACGACCAACCUCCGAGGUCACCCGUUCAAACUGCGCACUCAGCAGGCACGGCUGGAUGUGCGGAAGUUCUCCUUCUCGCUUUGGGUGGUCAAACCAUGGAAUGAGCUUCCAGCAGAUGUUGUAAUGUCACCAUCUAUAAAAAGUUUUAAGAAGAAUCUGGACAUAUUUAUUUCAGUUUAUUUGGUAAGGAUAAUAGGCAAAGCCUUUGAAAACCCUAGUGAUUACACGUCAGCUCGUUAGAAAUAACUGUACACGAACAAAAAAUGUUCACUAUUAAAACAGUACUUAGUUCAUUUGAGUAGCAUUGUCUCAGAGAAAAUAUUUGUCUGGACCAGGGAUAUUAAUUCAGAUUCAGACUGUCGAGGGAAAAAAGGGGAGACAAAUAAUCAUACAAGCGUUUCUUGAAGAGUUGAAGGGACGUAGCCUCCACGACCGACUAAGGGAGAUCGUUCCAUUUCCCCACUACCCUCUGCGUGAAAAAUUCAGAACGAAGAUUCAGCCUGGACAUUGUUGCCCGUAACUUCAUCGAGUGAUCACGAAGAUUGGGUGAAAGGUGCCACUGAAACAUGUCCUCAAAUUUAAGUCCAUACUCAAGGCAUGUAGUAUCUUGUAGACGAGGAUAAGAUCACGUCUUUGCUGCCCGUAACACAGAGGGAAUAAAUUAAGGCAAUUCAGUCUUUCUGUGUAGGAUUGGCUUUUUAGACCGUUUACCAGCUUUGUUGCACGCCGUUGUACUCGUUCAAGGCAUGCUUGGUCCUUUACUAGCCACGGCCGCCAUGCUUGUAUGCACAUGUUUGUGCACAACCGUUCAAAAUCCUUAGACUCGAGAUAAGUUGAAAUUCAUUUAUAACUGAAAUAUUUGACAUAUUUCUCUGUCGAUUUUGCGUCAAUUUUUAUUAGCUGUCGAAAAUAACACAUAAAUCUAUUACACUCUCCCCAUUUAACCAUGACUGAUGUUACGUUUGCUGUCGACAAAGUAGAUCUUUCGGCCAUCGUCCGUUUACAGAAGUUCAUCGAGAAACAUGAACAUAUUUUUACGAUUCUCGAUUCACUAACAGACUCAAAUAGAUUCACGAACAACCUAACGAGCCUACCACAAAUUGAAUCGAUUAUACACUUAGUUUCGUCAGAAGUCGCGGAAAGAUCGAAACGCAGGCUCAAUUUAAUUAUCCGUAAUAUACCCCACACUGUUAAUCCGAUGCCAUCAAUUCAAAAUUUUAUACAUUCGUGUGGCUUAAAUAUCAGAGUAGCUAACACUAAAAGACUUCACUCCAGAAGCAAAAACAAACCCGUCUUAGUAACAUUCUACUCACAGGCGGAAGCUGAGAUUGUCCUACAAAAUCCCGAAGUAAACAGAAAUCUGCGGAACCUAAACUCGUUUAUAGGUCCAGAUUUGACACCUAUGCAAAGACGUAAAGUACGGGAAAAAGACACCAGCUACAAAUACGAUAAUCAGCACUCCGGUCCCUCAACUGAACCUUUAGCCACUACUUCUACUUCUAGCACUAAUAAAAAGAAAUACACAGGCCAGCGUAAACCAAAUGAUAUACCCACAGCCCCCGCAGAAGGGCCUCCAGCAAGUACGUCUGACUCUAGUUCACAUGAUAAAAAGCGCGCAACUGCAAAAACAGUUAGAACUGCUGGUCAGAAACAAACGAGGAAGGCACAACAAAAUAACAACGUUCAAGCAGAACAAAACGAUGAUGCAGAUCCCGGACCGAGUCAUGUGACACCCUUAGAUAGCAGUAUAAGUUUUACUACAUCCCUCAAGACCGAUCAGUCAGUACUAGAAAACGCGUUUUCUGCAAAACGUCCGCAGUUAUAUUAAAGGACCGACAAAUGUAGCCGCGCAGGUGUACAGGCGCAUUAGUGAAAGGCGCCUGCCUGAGUUGUCCACAGGUCCCACGCUGUUGGACGACGAUGAGGGAGUUCCACGGUCUUUGCAGUUGCCCCGCAGCUCUAAGGCCAUAUUACACAACGGGUAUCUUUUGUCGACCCAAUCUCCUGACAAUGUGGUGCUUGUCGGCGAUAGACCGUGCGUACUGACAUCUGUGUCGGCUACAGGCAUAGUUUACCGCCAGUUUGUUGAUUGCCAAGACUGCCUGGAUCCUGCAUUCCCUUCCUCAAAUUUACUCAUUUUUAAGGCCUCCCUUUUGGACAGCAAACUUUCGAAUGCUUCUCUUGAUGACAUUAUUUGUAAAUACGUUGCGCUACACCUGGACGGUUGUUUUUACCUUAUUCCCAUGUUGCAUACUUUUUGAUUUUUGAUCUCCCACUUUUUCCGUUUUGCAUCUCAUAGACAUUUUUCGAUUUUACAUUUUGUGGACACUGCUUAAAGAUGUAUGCGGUUGUUGAGUUUGUGAAUGAUAAAUCUGUGGCGGCCGUGCCGAAGUGUUGGUUCCACAACGAAGACUGUGUGAUGUGGGUUAAGAACCACAAGCUACGUGACCGUCUACUUGUGAAUAACGAAAGGCCUCCAGAAGGCACAAAGACUUACUCUGUCCGUGUGCUGAAGAAUGACCUCUCACUCGACAGAGCACUUCAGCUGGAAAAAAAGGCUGUAGACACUGACGAUCUUUCCCACUCAGAGCCUACCGAAUUAGGCCGAGGGAUGAGGAAAAGGUAAGUGCUUGCUUUUCAUUAAUUUAUCUUUGUAGGUUUGUCCGCCAGCUCACCUCAGACGACGACGAGGAUGAUGAUGAUGAAGAAAUGGCUGCGCAAAGACCAAGACAAGAUAAUCAAUUAACUGCCUGGCCCACGCCGCCACGCAUUCUCCAGUAA